AUGUUCGAGUCGAAGGCAGCGAGCAAUCCUUGCUCUCCACAGCACUCCUGGAACAUCUGCAUCUACAGCGACGAAGUAAGUCCCGGGAACCGAAUAAAGCCGCACAAUUACCGCAAAUUACAGACAUUUUAUUGGACGAUCAAGGAAAUCGGCCAUCAGGCAAUCAGCAACGAGGACGGCUGGUGGCUUUUGACCACCAGCCGUAGCAGCACCGUCAGCAUGCUGAAGGAUGCACUGUCGCAGGUGGCAAAGCAUGCCUUUCUAUCUUUUUUCCAGCCGGUUUGCGACUUCAGCAUGGGUCUGCUCAUGCCGUUGGGGGCAAACAGCAAGUUCGUUCUCGUGGCCAAGCUGGGUCUGGUCAUAGCUGACGAAGCAGCUCUCAAGCAAAUGUGUGAAAACAAAGGGGCAAGUGGAAAAGUUCCUUGCCUCUUCUGCCGCAACAUCGUCUUGAAGAGGUGGGCCCUUGAGAGAAUGGACGAGAACCUGACAGUGCACACGUGCACGGACCCGUCUCGCUUCAUGCUGCAGACGAAGGAGACCCUCUUCCAGACAAUUGACUACCUGGCAGCGGAGUCGGCGACUCAAUAA